GUUUCAGCUAUGAACUUUACUAAUAUCACGUCUUUCGAUGGGAACGAAACGGAGGUUUUUGACACUUCGUGGAGUUUAUCCACCCCGAGCCAAUCAACUGAAGAAGCAUUCACUACGGGUCCGCAUAACUAUUACAAUCAUCAUGACCAGAUUGAUUACGUAGCUUUUAUUAAAUUUAUUAACACAAGUAGCAUAUUCGCUUACCCUGGGGUUCUCAACACUGACAUUUUUAAUUUUAUUCGACUUGGUUUAACUAUUUUGGGGAUUAUAUGCAACAUUUCGGUUCUGGUCGCAAAUCUAGUCAAUGGACGAAACAAACAUGGCAUUCUCAAAAUCCGUCUUCUGGUGCUUUUUCUCAUCCUUGUAAUGACAAUCACUUGUAUUUUGAUGACAGUGAUAUUUGUAUUUGACUGCCUAACGAAUAUAUACGUCGAUCUGCAAACCCUCUUGAGCGAGCCUGAAUAUCACGAUGAAAUGUCGUUUUUGUGGAGAAACCUUGCCGAUUUUCUGCUACAGCCAAUGUUCGAUCUACAGUCCAUUAUGAUGAUGUACAUUGCGCUUGAUAGAUAUGCCAGUCUAUAUGUGGGUUACUGGCCAUUCGCCGAGAAUCGAAAACGUCUAGCCUACUUUCUAAUUGCUCCACUGGUUUUCGCCUUCAUAUUGAUGAGUUCUGGGAUUCAUUAUUUGAUACUACCAUUCGAAAGUUUUAUUUAUGCCAGACUUGCACUUUUGCUACUUCCAUCUGCAAUCUCAUUUCUUCUUCUUUCAGUUUGUCUUGUGAUCAAGAAAGAAAGACUGAAUUAUGACCCUGGGUUUAGCAUUUCUCUCUCGAAAGCCUUGGUUCGUGUACUCUACGUCGUUGUCAUCAUUGAUUUCCUCAGUAGGCUCUUUCUGUUCUUCCGUCUCGCUGAGGACAACAUCGACUUUGUUGUUCUAACCGGAUCGGAGAACGGGGACUUUGUCCUUCACACGUUUCUCAAUGUUGGCUUACAAGUUUCCAUCUGCGUCUACUACUUAUCGCCCGUGUAUAUUCCAAUUGCCCUGUCUCUCUUCGUCAAACAUUUCAGGGAUUCGAUAUGCUGCUGUCAACGGCUCAACAAGGUGCACAUCAUAUAAUUUUUGUUUUUUUUUUGUUCGGAUUUUUUUCUGAAAUUGACAAAUAGCAAACAUCUUUGUAGUCUUAAAUAAUAAACUGGUUUUUUGGUUUG